AUGGAGAAUCCUAUGGAGGUUGAUCGGGAUUAUGAGGGCGAUGAUUUUGACUACGCCAGUGACACUACUUCAUUGAAGUCUAGUGCUCUGUCGUACGUUUAUGAGAACGGGAGACGGUAUCAUGGAUGGCGCCAAGUCCUUCACCUUCCCCCAGUUAUGACUAGAGGGAUGUAGAAAUUGACUUGUUCCUGUGAUGAAGGGUCGAUAUGCUGUACCAAACGACGAAGACGAACAAAACCGGAUGGACCUCCAACAUCACAUCUGUCUAUUAGCCCUGGGUGGCAAGCUUCAUGCGGCGCCAAUCGAUGAUCCGAAGAGAAUUUUAGAUCUCGGAACGGGAACAGGGAUUUGGGCGAUAGAUGCCGCGGAGUACAACCCCGUUCCCCAUCUUUUCCCAUGACGCAAGCAAUAAAUUUAACAUAUCAUACCGGUAUCGCAGCACCUACCCACAAGCGCGCGUUAUCGGUACGGACUUGUCACCAAUUCAACCCUCACUCGUACCACCGAAUCUCUAUUUCGAAGUCGACGAUAUCGAAGAAACAUGGGAAUUUGCCGGUAACACAUUCUCCUAUAUUCACAUCCGCCAACUUACCGGCUUCAUAAAGGACUGGCCCCGCUUAUACGCACAGGCGCUUCGCUGCUUGAGGCCUGGGGGAUACCUGGAGAUACAGGACAUUAUUGAACCCUUUUCCUGCGAUGAUGGAUCACUGCCCGAGGACCAUCAUCUGAAAAAGUGGCUGGAGUAUUGGAUUCAAGCGGCGAGAGUGGGCGGCUAUCCGAUGCCCGGGGCGAGUCAUGAGGAAGCCAUGGGAGUAGCAGGGUUCGAGGCGGUGGACAGCCAGCGUGUGAAAUUACCUUGUGGCCCCUGGCCAAAGGACCCGGUGGCGAAAGAGCUAGGAAUAUACUAUCGCCAACAUGUUAUUGAUGGCGGGGAGAGCAUCACGAUAGGAAUGUUCACGAGAUACCUGGGAUGGACAAAGGAGCAGGUAUACGACUUUUUGAACGAGGGAUUACGCCACGUGCAGAAUCCAAAGUACCACACGUACGCAUCAUACUACUGUGUCUGGGCGAGGAAACCGUUGGUUGGCAGCGACACGGCGUCCGCGAUAUCUGAUGGUGUGGGGUCGAUAAGACGACAGCCUCGGGCUCUGAGGCGCAACGACGAUGAGGAUGAGGACCCAGGCGAUGAUGAUGAAGAUCUGAGUGAUGAUGAUGAUGAUGAUUAUGAUGGUGGUGGUGGUGGUGGUGAUGAUAAUGAUGGUCACGGCAGUUAUGAUGGCGAACGUGGUGACACGCCUUUUUAA